GCUGAGUGCGCCGAGUACGCAACGCAGUAAAGAAUCGCGCGCGAGGCCAGCCAGCGCGGUCCAUCGGCGCCAGUAAUCGCCACUUAAUCGCGCCCGCGACGGAAGUGCGAGUACUACGAUUCCGCGUUCGCGGACCGCUGUUUUUCCUCUGCCCGUCUCCCGCAGUCUACCACCGUCGUGGUGUCGUGGUGAACCUCGUCGCCGUCGCAUCUCACCCGUGCCCGUGCUCGUCGUCGCAAGUCUCGUCGAACGACGAACAACGCGCCAGCCUCGCAGAUAUACAUAUAGCAUGUUGAUUCGUGCAGCAGAUGGACAAAGUUCAUUGUAUUAAAGACUCACAAUCAUGGAAGGCUUCAAUGAAGAUAUUAAAUUAAGCGACAUCCUUGACGUCAUUCAAGCCACCGAUCCUGAGUCUAUCGUAGCAAUGGACGAUCACAUUCAGCAACCGCACGUUGAGAUUUUAGAGCAGCCGGCCAGUAAAGCGCUACGAUUUCGCUAUGAAUGCGAGGGCAGGUCGGCCGGCAGUAUACCCGGUGUCAACAGUACACCGGAGAACAAAACUUUCCCUAGUAUACGAAUCAUGGGCUACCAGGGUCGCGCUAUGGUGGUUGUGUCCUGCGUAACAAAAGACCUCCCGUACAGACCUCAUCCACACAAUCUCGUCGGCAAGGAGGUGUGCAAGCAGGGUGUUUGUACGGUAGAGAUUCCGUCGGGAAAUAUGGUUGUUACCUUCUCGAAUCUGGGCAUUCAGUGUGUGAAAAAGAAGGACAUCGAAGAGGCUCUCAGAGUGCGUCAGGAGUUACGAGUGGAUCCCUUUCGAACUGGUUUCGACCACAGGAGACACCCGACUCAAAUAGAUCUCAACGUGGUGAGAUUAUGUUUCCAAGUUUUCUUAGAAGGAUCGCAGAAAGGAAAGUUUAACAGGCCGUUACAGCCCAUUGUGUCUGACCCUAUUUACGAUAAAAAGGCAAUGGCAGAUCUUGUGAUUUGCAAAUUGAGCCAUUGCAGCGCAACGGUUGCCGGUGGCAUGAAUAUGAUUUUGCUGUGUGAAAAAGUCGCGAAAGAAGAUAUACAAGUGAGAUUUUUUGAGGAGAGAAAUGGGCAACUAGUCUGGGAAGGAUACGGCGAUUUUCAACCGACGCAUGUACAUAAACAAACUGCAAUAGCAUUCAGAACGCCUAGCUACCACAUACAACAAGUAGAAGAGCCGGUGCAGGUGUGCAUCCAGCUUAGAAGGCCGUCGGACAAUGCUACGAGCGAACCUCUACCGUUUCAGAUGUUACCGCUAGGUACAGAUUCGAGGCGAAAGAAACCAAAGCCAAACCCCAUAUUUCCAAGCCGUGUAACGGAAAUUCAGCAGCAUCCUAGGAAUCCACCACUUAAUAUCAUCAAAGCCGAACCGGAGCAGAUACCGUCAUUCGGAGGUCCAAGUACAAGUGCGAGCGGUUUCACUCCACUCCUAAGAUCGUCGCCGCAGCCGCCCAGCAAUAUGCAAACCUUAUGGCCUCAAGUAUCACCGGGAAGUACAUCCCCUAUGGAAUGUGACCCUACCUAUAACUCGCCUUUUUUACAACAAUCAAUGAUGCAAUCACCAAAUAUGUCGGUAACGCCGAACGUUCAAUUUCCAUAUCAGUUGCAGUUACCAGAUCAACUGUUACAUCAGCCUGAACUAAACUUGCCGACAUUAAACAGAGUUACGCCAGAAAAUCAAGGCGGAUUACAGCCGUUAAAUGAUAUCGGCACUGCAGGAUCUCCAUGUCUGCUAGACUUGGACAGUCAGCAGUUCAACUCCGCUGAUUUCGCGGAUUUUGGAAACCUCUCCGCAAACUUGUCAACUGGAUUAUCCAUCUCCGAUUGUAUACAACCUGAGACCAGCAACGCCGAAGAAAGAGAAACUAACGAGCGUAUUACUUGGAUCAAUCAGGAACUCUCCGCUUUGAAUAAAAUACUCAAAGCUAAUCAAAAAAACGACGGCUGAAGAUACAACUUUUUUUUUUCUUUAACCGUUUCGACGUUUCGCCGCUCUUUGAUAUGUUUUGUUAUCUUCUAUUGUGACGAUGUCAAUUUUAUUUGUUAGUGUCGCACAUGUGAUGGCAAGUUCGAGAUUCGAACUUGGACCUUCUGAUUGAACUUUGAUUGCUCUAACAUUGAGCUAUUCGUCAUCACAGGACAUAACUAAAACAACUUAUUUUCAAAAAAUAUGAUUUCGCGUCAAGUAUAUAUAGUACAUAGAAAUUAUUAGAGAGAGAAAGAGAGAGAGAGGGAGACAGGCGCUACAGCGUAUCUUUUAUUCGAAUAAUAGCCUUGUUGGUAGAAAUAAUGUACAUUUUUAGACAGUUGUUAUUGGCUAAAUUGGUCAGCGAAAUUACGGUUAAGAAACUCACGUUUCAGCUACAGUUUUAUACACGUGCUCUCUUCACUGCCUUUGAAGAAAUCAAUUGAGUUAAUUAUUUCUUAUAAGAAAUGAGCUGAAAGAACAUCACAUUAAACAAGAGCAUAGAUAUUAGACAUAAACUUAUUUCGAUGCUCAAUCUGUAUCUCGUUUAUAUCUACAUUCAAUUUAUACAUUGUUUAAGGAAAUGUAUAAACUUUUAUGGACAAUGAACAAAAGGAGACGCUCUGCUCUAGGCUAAAUAUAUAUAUAUAUAUAUUAUCGGUACGCAAUUGUUAUAUACUCAUCGGCGAGCAUUAGCUGAAACAAUAUUAAUACGGAAUCUUGAUAUUUAAUUGCUUUAUGUGAUAGACAAUUUAUCUGAUAUAUAAUUAUAACAAUAUAUAAUCGGCGUUUAUCUAUCCAAGAUAAAUUGUUCGGUCGGUGAUCUGAGACCGACCGAAUUGUGGCGCGAAGCAUUCGUUUUGCCGACGUUACAACAGAUUGAGACGUUAUUGAAGCUGCAGCGUUUGAUACGAAAUAUUGAUUGCGUGGUGCGUGAGGUAAUGCUCUGUCUGUGAUCAAAGUUCAUAACUUGUUUUUCAUACGUAUAUAUAGAUUGUACGAUAUUCGUCGCGAACAAAUGCGAAUUGCGCGCAAUAAUGCAAAACGCAGAGGAAAUUCGCGCCGAAGGCGGGAAAGGCCGUAAGACGGACAGGCUCGCGCGGGCGAAAUACUGUAAAUUAUUAGAUUAGACGUAAACAUUCGCGUGCGUACUCUAUGCUUAUUCUGUUACUGCACUGUACUUUAUCCUUGUUGCACAAUUACGUUUCUACAAAAAAAAAAUCGCACUUUGUACAAAAUUAAACAUUUUUGACGUAUGGUCGGUUGUAUUUAGGAUUAACGCGUCGACUUACUCAAAGAAAAAGCGUAACGGAGGGUGUUGAGAGGUGUCGAGAGAUCGACAUACUCGGAAAAAAUUUUUCGCUUGAACGUUCCGUCCAGGUACUUCGUUUUACAUAUGUUUCACAGGCGCUUUAUUUAAGAGUAAAUGUAAAAGUAUAAGAGGAAAAGUGCAAUUCUCUAAUCUACCGAACAAUUUUUAUUAGAUUAAGUAACAUAGCGAUGACAUUGUUUUGAUGUAAAAUAUAUAUUUUUACAAUCACCUCAGGUAAUUUAUUAUAUAUAUAUUGUAACGUGCAGGAAAUGUUAUAAGGAAUCAUCUUAUAUCUAAAAACUAUAUACUUUAUUAUUUGCCAUAUACCUGUAAUGUGUAAAUAAAAAGUUGUUAUAAAUAUAAGAAAGUGUACGUGUAUGUGUGUGUGGCAUUUGGCUUUAACAAUCUCGCAUAAAUUCCAUGAUUUUUAUUGCUGUUUAUACAUCGUGUGUCAUGGGUAAAAUGUGUCCCUUGAUGAAAGUAUCGUCAUCAGGCGGAAAUGAUCGAAAACGCAAUGGGGGGAAAAAAUGAAAAGAUUGUAAAACGAUACAUACACGCAUCGAUCCUUAGUUUAAUGUAUCGGAUCAUUUUGUAAGCACUUAAUAUCCUGUUUAAAAGAUACAACAAAAGUGUGCAUAUUUACAGUUACGACUGCAUAUUUACAUAACAUCGAUCGAUAAGUAGCGCUCUCGUGUACUUAGCAUGAAAAAGUCGGCAGUGAACGCUUGGAUUAUCUCAAUGUAAAAAUGUAGCUUACAUACAUGUGUAUAUAUACGGCAUACAACUGUCGUAUACAUAAAUACCACUACAUUACAAUCUUUCUCAGGCGGCGUCCCUGAAUUGCACAAAUGUAUUCGCGCAAGGAUGCCGGCGAUACAUUAUGCAAGUAUAUAAUUCCGCAGAGACAGAGCGGGGAGAAGAAGAAGUAAAUUCGCUUCACACACAUGUGAAGAAUAAAAAAGCCAUCCGUGUUUUGUUUUUCCAAAAUGUAUUUACUUAAAAAUACAAUGAAAGUUUCAGUUUCUGAUGGAAUGGGCAGAAAUAUAUAUAGUCUGUGGUGUGUCGGUUACUUGUUAUUACGUUGAGAGAGAGAGAGAUGAUGCAAAAAUGGUAUCCUGUACAAAAGUAGCUUGAACAAGACUUAUGAACACACAAACCAAAUUCUUAGCCUAGGAUUUUUUUUUUUUUCGUUUACGUUAAAUCGUGUGACACACACUUAUGUCGUUUUUUUUUUUAUUUAUUUUAUAUCAGAUUUGAUGUCUUAGAAUUUCCUUUUCAUGCUUACCUAACGAACGUAGGGGUGUAACGGUACGUGUGGGCGAUCAGCCUGAUUGAUUGUAAGACCCGUUAGCACCAGUAAGUGAAUUUCGCGAGUCGCGUCGAGUA